GAGUACCGCCGCUACAAUAUCUCACCCUCCAAGCAGAGUAUCACCAUAACAGGACAGAACGAAAGAGAGAGAAAACACGGACUGUACUUUAUUUAAAUACCCUCCACCAUCAUCCAUUUCACACCCGCUUUUCUUUUUAUUUAUUCACCUAUUUACAAAAAUCCCCCUUCGGUGCCAACAUCAAACGAAGCUCAGGAGUUGCAUUUCUCUGUGUGCUCACGACACACAAGUAACCUACCCUUAUAGCGUUUAUAACCUACCCCCCUCCCGGAGGAAACAAUGAGUGCUUCCAGUUGGGCGAACGCGCAUUCCAGAAUGUAAGUACCACCACAAGCAACAAACUACAUUUCCUUCCCUUCUAUUCCCACUAUCAUCACCACCACCACCACCACCACCACCCCUCCAUACAAACACAAACACACACACACAUAUACCCGGUUCACCGAAUUGCCUUUGCAAUUGCUAACCUUUUAUUUUCCGGGAAUUUUGUUCGAAAAAUAAAGCGGAACUCCUGCCAGCAUGAUGUCGGAUCCCUCUACAGCGAAAUCGGUAAAAUCCCGUUCGACGGGCAUCACCACCCCCGGCGUAAGCCCUGCGUAUUCCAAGAAGUUGGUCGUUGUUGGCGAUGGUGGCUGCGGCAAGACAUGUCUGUUAAUAUCUUACUCGCAAGGCUACUUCCCUGAGGUUUGUCCGACGCCGUUUCCCCUUGGAAUGACUCCCCCCCGCCUUCCAUUGUGCUAAUGGUGGCGAUGGAUGCGCAUGGCGAAAUAGAAAUAUGUUCCUACGGUGUUUGAGAAUUAUAUUACACACAAGUUUCACGAGGGCAGUGGGAAGACUGUUGAGUUGGCGUUAUGGGAUACAGCUGGUCAGGAGGAAUAUGAUCGUCUGCGCCCGCUAUCGUAUCCGGAGACGGAUGUCCUGUUUGUCUGCUUUGCCAUUGACUCUCCGCAUUCACUCGAGAAUGUUCUCGACAAGGUACGUUGGCUUCUCCGUUUCAAUUGGCUAGGAUAACUGGCUAAUCAAUGCUGGACGGAUAGUGGUAUCCGGAGGUCCUUCACUUCUGUCCGUCGACACCUCUCAUCCUCGUCGGACUGAAAACAGACCUUCGCAAGAAUCGGAAUGUAAUAGAGCUAUUGAAGACGCACGGUAUGACUCCUGUCACACCGCAACAGGGAGAGGAUGUCUCGAGGCGCAUGGGAGCCAGGUAUGCCGAGUGCAGCAGUAAAGAGAUGACGGGCGUACACGAGGUCUUCGACCUGGCGAUGGACAUGGCGGUCGGGGGACCCAAAGGGAAGGGAGGAAAACCCAAGAGAAAGAAGUGUACCAUUCUAUAGUUGUGGGUAGAGUUGGUCCUUUCCCUUCUUUCUUCCCCCCUCUUCCUCCCUUUUUUUCCCACAUCACCCACAACAUUUCCUUUCACAAAUCAUCUGCCCUUUUCUCUAAAUCUCCAUUCUUGUCUUCUCAGUGGCUUUUUCCUCUCCCUCUUCCCCCCCCUCUUCCCUCCCUUUUCUUCUUUUACUCAUCGCCCUUUGUUCAAUUCACGAUUUCGUUUGUCCGGGUUCACAUCGUAUACCUUAUUUUCUUUCUUUUUGUUGUACGGGUUUCAUGGAUUCAUGGCAUGGAAAUGAUGGAGAAAGCC